GGGCAGGCGGGCGGUGGUUGUCCGAUCAAAGCGUCUAGCCCUGUGCUUGGGAUCCCAGGGAAGCGGGAUCACUCUUCCUAAUCUCCACUGGCGGGAGCUGAGCCGAGAAGCUGGGCAGGGAAAGGGAGCCGCGUCGCCUCGCUGGCACCUUCCAGGCUGCCUUCUGAGGCCUUGAGCCGGACCCCAUCUGGCGCUCCCCCGCCCCAACCCUAGCGCCUGAUAGCCGCCCUCAGUCCAGCCCAGAGGGUCCAGGCCCCAUCUGUUCCCUUCUCCACUGCGGCCUCGGGCUCCUCGAGGAUCAGCCCACCCCACUCCCCUUCCCUGGCAGGCCCACCAACGCCUCUAGCUGCCGCUCGUCCCCGGUCUGGCCCGUGGAGGUAGUUGGUUACCAUGGUGAAGCUGGCAGCCAAAUGCAUCUUGGCAGGAGACCCAGCAGUGGGCAAGACCGCCCUGGCACAGAUCUUCCGCAGCGACGGAGCCCACUUCCAGAAGAACUACACUCUGACAGCAGGGGUGGAUUUGGUGGUGAAGACGGUGCCAGUCCCUGACACGGGGGACAGUGUGGAACUCUUCAUUUUUGACUCUGCCGGCAAGGAGCUGUUUUCCGAAAUGCUGGAUAAAUUGUGGGAGAGUCCCAACGUCUUGUGUCUCGUCUACGACGUGACCAACGAGCAGUCCUUCAGCAACUGCAGCAAGUGGCUGGAGAAGGCUCGGUCGCAGACUCCAGGCACCUCCCUCCCAGGUGUGUUAGUGGGGAACAAGACCGACCUGACCGGCAGACGCGUGGUGGAGACGGCUCAGGCCCAGGCGUGGGCGCUGGGCCAAGGCCUGGAAUGUUUUGAAACAUCUGUGUCACAGCAUCACUCCUGUAUCUCAGGAAAGCGGAUCAGCCAGCCGGCCCCAGGGAAAGCUGUAUCUCGGUUGGUGAGAAAUACAGUGUAUUGUGUUCAGUGACAGUGACUCUUGAGAUUCGCAUAAGAUGUUCUGGGUUAGGUGUUGUUGAAACAUUACUUCCUAGACCCUCACGAUCAGUUUCAUGAACCAGGAGCCGGCCCCACAGGGCCACUUCCAUGUGGAGAUGAAGUGACUUGCCCGAGGUUACAUGGCUGGUAGAGGGUUGAGCCAGGACUAGGAUUCAUAGGACUAGGAUUCCUAUCAGUGCUCCCUGUCCUCCCCCACCUCGCUGCAGCUGCGGGCCGACUCCAGGCCACCGAUCGUCCUCCCGUAGAGUCAGCGGGAGCCCUCAUAAAGGGGGACAGCGUGCUUUGUUACCAGCAUCCUCAGUGCACACACGUCAUGAUUUUGGCUGUCCAGUGCCAGUGACCCCCCUUCCCACGUUAGGAGAGGUCCCAGCCUUCCUGCAGCCAAGGUGCCAACGUGUGACCCAGGCUGCACCAGACACACUCACACUCGUGUGAUACUUCAGUGCAGAGGGGAGUGAAGACCCCCGGAGGGGCAGCUCAGAGACCUCCGUUUCAGAGGCGGCCGGGGCCAGGGGCCAGUAUUGUGGGGGAGACACAGCAGGUCCGGCACAGCCCAAAACAUCCAUGCUGUAACCUGGACCUCACUCUUGGCCUUAUGGCCUCCAGGCCUGAUUCUCUGACCUUCCAAAAGAGUCAGUGGGCUGAUGAAUAAAGAGCCUGGAGGUCAUUCUACUCCAGGUUUACUUAAGCUACAGGCACUUCUGUGGAUGCAUCUGUGAACACUGACUGACAGGUGCUGCUCUUCAGCCGCUGUGCGGAUGUGAACCUUGGACAUCUCCCCAGUGAGCAUGCUUCUUCAGGAGAUUGUGCGUGUAGAGAAGAGGCGGGUGCUCGGUCCUCCUGCGUGAUGGCAGAGCUGCCUGUGGGACCCCCAGCAUGUUACCGAACCUGUUGCUGCCUCAGGCCCCUCGCCUGUAAAGUGGGGAUAAUAAAACAUAUCCCCAUUAAGUAAUAGAUACGAGAAUUAAGUCAGAUGAUAAAUACAAAAACACUUAUCUCAAAGUCUGGGGCAUAGUACACAAUAAAUGUUAGCUCUUUUUCAGUUUAAA